AUGCGCCGUUUAGCGUGCAUCGUUAGCGACAGGACGACAAGACGAAAGUUUGACAACGCGCAAUUUAGCGAUUGUGGGUCUUCGUUGGCUGUGAGCAAUGGGAAUUUGACAUUUACAACAACAACAUAUGGAUCAAACGCUUCCCUUGAAUGUUAUGCCGGUUAUGAUGCAAACCAAACAACGAUAAGUUGCCUUGAUACCGGAAGUUGGGAAACACCGACGUGCACCAUCAAAGAUUGCGGCUCUUCACUCACGGUGGAUAAUGGGAAAUUGACGUUUACAAACACGACAUAUGGAUCCACAGCUUCACUUGUUUGUAAUGCGGGGUAUGAUGCAAACGCCAACAAUGUAACCUGUCUAGUUACAGGCACUUGGUACCCUCCAUUAUGUACCAUUAAAGAUUGUGGGUCUUCGUUGACUGUGAGUAAUGGGGUGUUGACAUUUACGAAUACAACAUAUGGAUCAAACGCUUCCCUUGCUUGUGAUACCGGAUACGAUGCAAACACUGCAUCGAUUGGUUGCCUUGACACCGGAAGUUGGGAAACACCAACGUGUACUAUCAAAGAUUGUGGGUCUUCGCUGACUGUGAGUAAUGGGGCUUUGACAUUUACGACAACAACAUAUGGAUCAAACGCUUCCCUUGUUUGUGAUACCGGAUACGAUGCAAACACUGCAACGAUUGGUUGCCUUGACACCGGAAGUUGGGAAACACCGACAUGUACCAUCAAAGAUUGUGGGUCUUCGCUGACUGUGAGUAAUGGGGCGUUGACAUUUACGACAACAACAUAUGGAUCAAACGCUUCUCUGGUUUGUGAUACCGGAUACGAUGCAAACUCUGCAACGAUUGGUUGUCUUGAUACCGGAAGUUGGGAAACACCAACGUGUACUAUCAAAGAUUGUGGGUCUUCGUUGACUGUGAGUGAUGGGACUUUGACAUUUACGACAACAACAUAUGGAUCAAACGCUACCCUUGUUUGUGAUAAAGGAUACGAUGCAAACGCGGCAACGAUUGGUUGCCUUGACACCGGAAGCUGGGAUACAGCGACAUGCACCAUCACAGAUUGUGGUACUCCAUCACUAACAAACGGCGCCUUGGCAUAUACAACAACAACGUAUCUAUCUGAUGCAAAUGUGACUUGUGACAAAGGGUAUACCGCAAGUGAUGACACAACAAAGUGUAAGGCUAAUGGGUCAUGGAAAACUGUAAGCUGUGACCCUGUCGAUUGCGGAUCGACCUUGCCGACAAUUACAAAUGGGGCGGCCACACUUGAUGAUUCAGCACAAACCACCUAUUUGUCCACGGCCUCUGUCACGUGCGAAUCAGGGUUCACGCCAGAUAAAUCAAGUCUUAAUUGUAAAGCCAACGGGGCAUGGUCUAAAGCAAUUUGCUCAUAGGCAGGUUGUGGCUGCGUGAGAUGACUAUUCAAGUAGCCUAUCAAUCUAAAUUUCUAACGAUGACGAAUAAUUGUUGACAUUCAACAACUUGGUUUUCUUUUUUGUUUGAUUGAACAUUUUAAAUCCUCAAAUAGUAUUGAUCUUUGAGGAUGUUUUUAUUUGGUUCCAAUGGAAACAUCUCUAAAUCAACUUUCAUUUAUUAUAUAUCUUGUUCUUCUAAUCAUGAAAAUGAUAACAAACAAAUAACAAUGUAUAAUUCUUUGCAGUAAACCAAUUC